CAAUGUAAAAAUAAAAAUUUAGGCCGGACGUGACGGUCAUUUUGUUUUGUUACGGCCUGGUAGGAUUUGGUAUGGCUUUAUAUAAUUUGUAAGGGCCCAAGGGGUUUCCUGAUUUGGGAUACAGGGGUCAAUCACUAAACUGAAUGUUUAUUUAGAACAGCCAAUCAGCAUUCGCAGAAGUUUCCGUUCUAGCCAAUCAACGCACUGAAAAACCAUGUGCUUGGCAUACGAAAAUUCAGCCAGUUCACAGCGCUCCAAAGUUUGGACAACAGUUUGGUCAGGAAGAUUACUGGUAUUUGUGUCUUUUGUGCCCUCCCACCCUUCCCUGGCUGGCAUCUGGUGUCGCUUGGACUACAGUGUAUUAGCGAUGCCACCAUCUGAAAGAUCUAAAAAGAAGAAAGGGAACCAGGGAGUGACAGACAACCCUCACCCAGGAAACAACAAUGGGAGGAGACCUAAUACAAGAGCAACGACCGACAGUGGGACUGCCCCCCCCCCCUGCACCACCUAGACUCCCUCCACAAAAACUGUCAUUGAAGUCGCUUCAGCAACAGUUGAAUGACCUACAGAAGAUAACAACUAGAUUAGCAGAUAAGCUGGACGCGGACAAUGUCCCUCACACAUCAGCAGUCAGCACAACUGUAACAACAACAGUGAGCAGCACUGGCCUGCUAGGUGUGCUACCAGCAGUCUCACCCAGCGUUACAAGUGCGGCGAAUCAAGGACUACUACAACAAGUCACGUCAACAAUAACAGCCACUACGUCGAGCACGAUUCCCAUAUACUCAACAAACUCUGUAUUCGGAUUGCAGCCACCAGCCCUCCUGCCUACACGGACUGAUGGACUUGGUGCUACACUAGCAUCUAGCAUUAUGAGUACAGAUCGACACGUUUCGACGGAGGUUCCCACAUAUGAAUCAGUUUCCAACGCACAUUCCACCAUCUCUACAGCCGAGCAACUUAAUCAUGAUGUAAACAAAUUGUUGUUUUGUUCUUUGGCCCCAGCUACGGUAACUGCUUAUCGUUUGGCAUGGCAACAUUUUCGUCGUUUCACCUUAUCAGUUCAUGGUCAGCAUUUGGUACACUUGCCUAUUCCUGAAAUGCUUAUAGGCCAGUUUGCUACUUUUUUGCACCAAGAAGGGUUCGCUCCAUCCUCAAUAACGUCUAAGCUCUCGGCCAUAAGCUUCAUGCACAAGCUUCACAAUCUCCCAGAUCCUACUUCGACGUUCCUCAUUCGAAAACUGGUGCAUUCAAUUCAGAAACACCAUGUCCCGGAUAGUAGGCUGCCCAUAACACCCACAAUCCUCCAGAAAUUGAGUGACAUUGUACCGCACAUUGUGAAUAGGGAUUAUGAUCAGUGCCUUUUCGAAGCAAUGUUUUUGUUCAUGUAUUAUUCUUUUGCGCGAUUAGGAGAAGUCACAAUAACUAACACCUCUCAACACACUUUGAACCUGGAUGAUAUUACUGCAGUACCAGAUCAAAGUGGAGCAACAUCAUAUAUCAAAGUUCAAUUCAAGACAUAUAAGCAUAGCAAGACGUCUACUCCAGCGACCCUUUCCAUGAUAGCACAGCCGGGCUGUAAGUACUGCCCAGUGAGCAGCCUUGAGCGUUUUCUCCUGAGGCGUGGGGGUAAAUCGGGAUGCCUUUUCACCAGCUCAAAUGGUUCUCCAGUCAGUAGUGAUCACUUUACCAAAGUCCUCAAGGCUUGCGUAGUACAAGCCAAUCUAGACCCGCACAAAUAUACGUCACAUUCUUUCCGUAUUGGGGCAGCAACUCAAGCUGCAAUACAAGGUGUUUCCGAUGACACCAUACAACGCCUGGGAAGAUGGUCAUCUGAUGCGUUUAAGAAAUAUAUACGCAUUUAAAAGAAUGAGGGCGGAGUCGAUUGGGUAUGAGUUCGUUGAUUGAUGUUAGGGUAUACGCGAGACUAAUAUUACAGUGGUGAGUUGCCCUGUUUUUUCUACAUGCCCGACAUGUACAAAAAUGUGUUGCUAUGUUAGGUGCUUGCUUUAAGGAUAGUGGCACUAGUCUAUAAGUUUGCUUAGGAAUACGACUUGUGUAUUAAUUUCUCGAGUUGCUUGCUAUGUUAAGAUAUAACGAAGUAAGUUCUUAGUUCCUUGUAUGGCAAUUCCCAAGUUAUGUUAUUUUUGUAAUAGUACUGUGGUGUGCUGCCCUGUAGGUUCUACAUAAUUAAUGGUUAUUGCAAUAUGUGUUGCAACAUGGGAACCUGCCAUAAGGAUAUUUACUUUAAUAUUCUGUUAGUAAAUAGUCGUUGCUAGAUACACCUCAACUAAAGAAGAUUAUUAGGCAUGUAUGCCCAUAGUUUUGUUGUUUCAAACUAGGAUAAUCCGUUAUAUCGCAAGGUAUUACCAAGCUCAUUGUUCGAUAGUACAACUAGAACUACAUAUGGUUACAGUGUUGAAUUUUGUUCAUGAUACAAUACUCAAUUAUAUUGUAAGAUCUUACCACGUUUGUUGUUAAGGCAGUACAACUAGAACGUUUGUACUUCCUAUGGUUAUAGCGUUGUAAUUUGUUCAAGAUACGAUACUCUGCUAUAUCACAAGAUCUUACCAAGUCCAUUGUUACGGCAGUAUAACUAGAACGUUUAUACUUCCUAUGGGGAUUAAGCGCUGAUGUUUUGUUCAGGCUACUAUACUCUGUUAUAUCGCAAGAUCUUACCAAGUUCAUUGUUAUUGUAGUAUAACUAGAACGUUUGUACUUCCUAUUGUUAUAGCUUUGAUGUUUCAAGCUACCUUUACUCGGUUAUUUCGCAAAAUGUUACCAAGUUAUCUUACUAUUA